GCAGUUGAACUCCUCUUCUGUAAACCUACACCAUGACCGGACUCCGUGCUUGUCUUCUCCUGGCUCUGGCCAGCGGAGCCAUCGCUGGCUACGUCCAGAGCGGUCUUGGCUACGGCCACGGCCUCGGCUACUCUGGCCUCGGCUACUCUGGUCUCGGUUACUCCGGCCUUGGCUACUCCGGCCUUGGCUACUCCGGCCUCGGCUACUCUGGCCUUGGCUACUCCGGCCUCGGAUAUGGCCAUGGUCUUGGCUACGGCCACGCUGUUGGUCUUAGGAACGGCUACGGCUACUCUGGUCUGACCGGCUACAGUGUUGCUGCCCCAGCUAGCUACGCUGUUGCUGCCCCAGCCGUGAGCCGCACUGUGGCCACUUCCUACCACGCCGCUCCAGCCGUUGCGACCUACGCCGCUGCUCCAGCUGUCGCCUCCUACCACGCCGCUCCAGUUGCCACCUAUGCGGCUGCUCCAGCUAUCACCAAGGUCGCUACCUACCAGACUGCUCCAGCUUUCGCCAGCUAUGCUGCUGCCCCAGUUGCCACCUACGCUGCUGCUCCAGCCGUGACUAGGGUGUCCACCGUCCACGCUGCUCCAGCUGUCGCCACUUAUGCCGCUGCUCCAGUUGCCGCCUAUGCCGCUGCUCCAGCUGUUACCAAGGUCGCUACCUACCAGACUGCUCCAGCUUUCGCCAGCUAUGCUGCUGCCCCAGUUGCCACCUACGCUGCUGCUCCAGCCGUGACUAGGGUGUCCACCGUCCACGCUGCUCCAGCUGUCGCCAGCUACCAGACCUACCACGCUGCCCCAGCUGUCGCCACUUAUGCCGCUGCUCCAGCCGUGACUAGGGUAUCCACCGUCCACGCUGCUCCAGCUGUCGCCAGCUACCAGACCUACCACGCCGCUCCAGCUCUGGCUUCCUACGCCCACGCUGCCCCAGUCUACGGAUAUGGCGUUGGUUCUCUGGGCUACGGCGCCGGCCACUUUGGUUACGGACACGGGCUCGGCAGCUACGGUCUGAACUAUGGGUACGGUCUUGGCACCUAUGGUGACUACACCACCCUCCUCCGCAAGAAGAAGUAAACUCCGCAAAGAAGAGUUACCAUCGUAGACGUCAGCCACAAGGAAUCUAUGAAGAAGAGGUCUGUUCACUGCCAUCGCUUGUUGUCGUAAAGAAAGCAAUAAAAAGAAUGAGACUCGUCA